AUCAUCCUUAGAAAGCCCGCCGUCCCUUCAUUUCCCUCCAAUCCAACUGAGACUUGACUCAUUUCCGAGACCCUUCUUCCUCGCAGCACCAAAACCCUAACUCCUACUGAACCACUCCACUUGCACCCAAAAUCACCCGUCUCCGAUUCGACUCGGUCCAACCAGGUGAGUCACUCUCCCCUUUCAAUUCCUCAGUGAAUAUUUCUCACUCUUUCAAAUCCAAGAUUAGGAUUCAGUUUGAUUUGGGUUGUCACUCUAGUCUUAGUUGCUCUGAUCAUAUUGGCUUGACUCACUCGCUGGAUGGACGUAGAAACUAAAUGGGGUUUGAGUGAAAUGAUUGAUGUGUGUGAAUUUGGUGUUCGAUUUCUCUAUAAAGAUAAUGAACGUCUCUGAAGAUGAACAUGGUCAUAAUGGGUUUUGAACUUUUGAUUGAGUUUCUGUGAAUGAAAUACCCAUUUGAGUAUGUACUGGUGGUAUUGAACAAAUUUGGGGUUGGUGGUUUUUAGGCUAACUACUUGAUUUGGGUUAGGAAGUUGUGGUUGAGGGAGGAGAGUAUAUAGGGUAAUGGAGACGCCGGGUUCAGAUGGUUCUGCAAUAAAGCGGUCUCUGAGGAAGAAGGUCGGUUUGCGAAGUUAUGAUGAGAAUCUAAUGGAUGAUCUCAUAGAGAAGCAUUUGGGUGGGACUUUUAAGAAGAAGAGUAGGACAAAGGAGGAUUUGGAGAAAGAGACUGAGACCGAGGCGAUGAUAGCAUUCUCCCUCGGGUUCCCUAUCGAUGCGCUUCUUGAGGAGGAAAUUAAUGCUGGGGUGGUCAAAGAGUUAGGCGGGAAGGAGCAGAAUGAUUAUAUUGUUGUGAGGAAUCAUAUUUUAGCAAGAUGGAGGAGUAAUGUCCGAGUGUGGCUCACAAAAGCACAGAUUAGAGAAACCGUGAGUGGUGAGUAUGGGGAUUUGAUAUCUGCUGCUUAUGAUUAUCUUUUUUAUAAUGGAUACAUUAAUUUUGGGGUUGCACCAUCAUAUGUGGCAUAUAUGCCAGAGGAGGCAACUGAAGGGUCUGUUGUUAUUGUCGGAGCAGGACUUGCUGGACUAGCAGCCGCAAGGCAUCUUAUGUCAUUGGGUUUCAAAGUGGUUGUUUUAGAAGGUAGGAAUCGACCUGGUGGAAGAGUUUACACCCAAAAGAUGGGGCACAAUGGCAACUUUUCUGCUGUGGAUCUUGGUGGCAGUGUCAUUACUGGCAUCCAUGCUAACCCUCUUGGAGUGUUGGCUAGGCAACUUUCUAUUCCUCUUCAUAAGGUCAGGGAUAACUGCCCCUUGUACAAGCCUGAUGGUAUGCCUGUUGAUAAGGAAAUCGACUCUAAGAUUGAAGUCAUCUUUAAUAAGCUGCUUGACAAAGUCAUGGAACUCAGGCAAACUAUGGGUGGGUUUGCAAAUGAUAUUUCUCUGGGUUCAGUUUUGGAGACACUUAGGCAGUUGUAUGCUGUUGCUAGAAGUGCUGAGGAGAGGCAACUUCUUGAUUGGCAUCUCGCAAAUUUGGAAUAUGCAAAUGCCGGAUGUCUAUCAAAUCUUUCGGCUGCCUAUUGGGAUCAGGAUGAUCCUUAUGAAAUGGGUGGGGACCACUGCUUUCUCGCUGGAGGUAAUUGGAGAUUGAUAAAAGCAUUAUGUGAAGGAGUUCCUAUUUUCUAUGGAAAGACUGUGAAUACCAUUCGUUAUGCAGAUGGAGGGGUUGAAGUGAUCGCAGGCGACCAAGUGUUUCGAGGGGAUAUGGUCCUGUGCACUGUUCCUCUUGGAGUUCUGAAAAAAGGGGCUAUUAAAUUUGAACCUGAGUUGCCCCAAGAAAAACUUGCAGCGAUUCAAAGGUUGGGGUUUGGGCUGCUGAACAAAGUAGCUAUGGUUUUUCCUCAUGUUUUCUGGGGAGAAGAUCUGGAUACUUUUGGAUGUCUCAAUGAACACAACCAGAAACGUGGAGAAUUCUUUCUGUUCUACAGUUACCAUACUGUUUCUGGAGGUCCAGUUCUCAUUGCACUGGUGGCUGGAGAAGCCGCACAAACAUUUGAAUGCACAGAGCCAUCCAGCUUACUUCAUCGAGUUUUAAGUGUGCUCAGAGGUAUCUACAGUCCUAAGGGCAUUGUCGUGCCUGAUCCAAUACAAACCAUAUGUACAAGAUGGGGCAGUGAUCCCCUUUCCUAUGGUUCAUACUCUCAUGUUAGAGUACAGUCAUCCGGCAGUGACUAUGAUUUACUUGCAGAAAAUGUGGGAAACCGGCUGUUCUUUGCAGGUGAGGCCACAAAUAGGCAACAUCCAGCUACCAUGCAUGGGGCCUUUUUGAGUGGCCUAAGAGAGGCAUCGUGCAUGUAUCGCGCCACAAGGAGUAGCCAAAACAAUGUCAAGAAAGUCUCACAAAAGAAUGUUGGACCAAGCAAUGAUAUGCUGGUAGAUCUAUUCAAGCAUCCAGAUCUAGCAUUUGGGAAGUUUUCAUUUGUAUUUGAUCCUACAACAGAAGAUCCAAAAGCUGUAGGGCUUACGAGAGUUAGUAUUGGGAGCGAUGAAGACAGUUUUAAUCAGCAGUUUGUACACAGCUUCCAGCAUUCGUUAAACCUACCAUUGCAGCUUUAUGCUGUUGUAUCUCGUGAGCAAGCAUGUGGGUUAGAGCUGGUGACAGGAGGAGAAGAAAGUAGGUUAUCAUACUUGGUAAAAGAUCUUGGUUUGCAACUGAUGGGACCUAGUGCCCUAGGAUCGGCAGGUAACUCCUUGGCAAUUAGUAUUUUCAAUGCACGAAGAGGCAGGGGAAAGAAUCGUAUGUUUGCUGGGCGGCAAUAGGUUUCAGUUUCAAGAACUUAACGUUUUGGUGUAUUGACACGGAGUUUUCUGUUCUAUACACAUGCUACAUGAAAGGUUCCUGGAAUUCAGGGUGCAUUUUUCAGGUGCGCACUUUUGUAUAUGAUCGGGACAUGUAGGUUUGUUAGCUUGAAGAUAUAUUGAUUUCUGGAGUGGAACUGAGAAAAUACAUUUUGCUUGUUUCCGGAGAACAUGUUUUAGUCAUCAGCUAAAUUUAAUUAGGUCAAAGAUGCAUACAGAUUAGGGUUUAUACACAUUCAAAAUUGCUAGUCUUUUGAAAUGUCUCGUACUCUUUACAUA